AUGCGUGGGAUAUGUUCUGACGACAAGUCGACUUCAGAGGACCUCUAUCUCCAAUUAAGUGAAGAGUCCACUAAGGUGCUGGAUGCAGUAAAGGAAGACUUAUUCCGCCAUCAGCGCAACAUUGAGUCGUUAAUUAACUCGGCCAUUUCCAUGCUUGAUAUUGGUCAUAUUUAA